AGACAGCGCUGUUCCACCCCGGCUGGACGCAGAGUGAUAGAGAUAAAGCUCCAGCUCACUGUGCUGAACCACACUGUCCCUUUAAGACCCUCAGUUGGCAGCGGCAGAUAUGGCGGAGUGCGGGGGAUCUACCUCAGGACUUUCUUCUUCAGCAGACAAUAUGACGUCCCUUGCGAGGGCGCUUUCUCACAGCACAUUGAAUCAGCUUGAUCAGUCGGAUGUUUUUCAGUCGCAGACGUCUCUUUGUAGGAUGGGCCAGGUUCGGAGAAGAGCCAUAUCGAGCAGCCAGAGUGUUGACUCUCUGGAUGUGAGCCCCAGCGCUGAGGCGAGGGUCCUGGUCAUAAACACCGGCGGGACCAUCGGCAUGAUGUACCAUAAUAACGUGCUGUGUCCAGAGCCCAAUGCCUUGGUUAAAGCCCUGCGCAAACUCCCCAUUCUGCAUGAUGAGCAGUACGCCCAGCAGACCAGGCUCUACGAGUACUAUGAGCACCCGGAGAACACACUAGUACUGCCGAUGCCAACUCACCACGCUGAUGAACUAUCUCACGGACUGUCCAAACAGAACAAAAGGAUAGUGUACACUGUUAUAGAAUAUUCUCCCCUGCUGGACUCCUGCAACAUGACAACAGAUGACUGGGCCACUAUAGGGAAAGACAUUGAGAAACACUAUGAGAAAUAUGACGGCUUUGUCAUCCUGCACGGUACAGAUACCAUGGCCUACACAGCCUCAGCACUGUCCUUCAUGUGUGAGCACCUUGGCAAGCCCGUCAUCCUCACUGGCUCUCAGGUACCUAUCUAUGAAAUGAGAAAUGAUGGGAGAGACAACCUGUUGGGGGCGUUGUUGAUCGCAGGGCAGUUUGUCAUCCCAGAGGUGUGUCUCUACUUCCAUCAUAAGUUGUACAGAGGAAACCGUGUCACUAAAGUGGAUGCUGGAAGUUUCAAUGCUUUCAGCUCCCCCAACCUGGCUCCAUUAGCAAAUGCUGAAGUGGACAUCAAAAUAAAUUGGGACACAGUGUGGAGGGCCAACACAACAGCAAAGUUCAGGGUCAACACUCAGAUGAAUCGUAAUGUUGGCCUCCUUCGACUCUUUCCAGGAAUCACAUCUGAGACAGUCAGGGCCUUCCUGCAGCCACCCAUGGAGGGGAUUGUGCUGGAGACUUAUGGAAGUGGUAAUGCUCCUGAUAACCGUGCAGACCUGCUGGAAGAGUUCCGGAAAGCCACAGAAAGAGGAGUCGUCAUGGUCAACUGCACCCAGUGCCUUAGGGGCUCUGUCACCACAUCAUAUGCCACUGGCAAGGCUCUGAGUGAUGCUGGACUGGUAGCUGGAUGUGAUAUGACUCCAGAAGCUGCUCUGUCUAAACUUUCUUAUGUGCUGGCCAGGAAAGACCUUACUACACAAGAGAAGAAGAAGAUGUUGAGCCAUAACCUGCGUGGUGAGAUGAUUGCUGACCUGGAGGGGGCCAAGCUGACUCUCAGUGACAGUCGCUUCAUUCAGGUCAUCGCUAAAACCCUCAGUAUCAGCUGCAAAGAGGAGCUGGAAGCCAUCCGCGAUGCUCUGACCCCCACACUGGCCUGUGCUGCAGCUAAGAUUGGUGAUACUGAGGCCCUGGAGGCAAUCAGGGAGAUGGGCAGUAACUUGAGUAUGGCAGAUUAUGAUGGGCGAACUCCUCUCCAUAUUGCAGCCUGCGAGGGUCACCUGAAACUUGUGCAGUAUCUGUUGGGCCAAGGAGCCACUGUCUAUGCCAAAGAUCGCUAUGGAGACACGCCCCUCCGAAAUGCUAUUCGUUUUAGACAUAAAGAUAUUGUGAAGCUCCUGAGAAAAACCGGUGCCCAUCUUUCUUGGGAUGAAAUGGAAGAUGCUGGAACUGAACUAUGCAGGCUGGCAGCAUGCGCAGACUUGGAGGGUCUGGAGGUUUGGCAUCUAGCUGGUGCUGAUAUGACCAUGUCAAGUUACAGUGGGCAGUUGCCCAUAGAGGUGGCCAUGCAGUCAGGCAGUGAGGAGGUGGUUCAGUUUCUCCAGUGGGCUGCUCAGUAUCAACCUCAGCCAGUUUUUGAUGAAACUGAAGAGAAUGGUGAAUUCAAGUUCGCUGCAUGUCCAUAGAAAUCCUGAAGAGACAAUCCUUCUAUACCAGUGACUUCCUGCCAUUUCCGUUCUUCUGUUUCAGUUUCUCCUUUAAUCAUUUUUUUAUAAAUAAUCUGACGUAUCAUUUUAAAUUGAUACCUUUUAUUUUAAAAAGCCAUUAUCAUUAUCUUGUCUAUGGGUCGUCCAUGUUAGUGUUAAGCACACAAAUGUGAAUGUACUGCGAUAUUGACAGUGGAGAAUUAGGCAGCACAAGUGUGACUGCACAGUGUGCUGUACUGACAUCAAAUCAGUGUUAGAGAGCAAUAAAGUGUUUUUUGUCCAAAAUCAUUUGACUCACACAGGGGGAUGCAAUAUUUAAAUGUUUAGAAAGUUUGUGUUAAUGAUCUGUUCCAGUUCAAAAGUGCUAUUGUAUUCAAAUGUUGAUUAUUGUAUAGCUCAUAAUACAGUUAUGAUGUCGUAAAUAUGGUUGAUUUCUGUGGCAAAUAUUGUGAUUUGCACUAGAUGGUUACAGCUGCCCACCAUGUGUCUGUAUACCAUCAGUUAAUGUGAACUGCCACAGAAUGUCUUGAGCAAUAUCACUGUUACAUACAUGUUUUUGAGAAUGUUUCUCAAAUCCCUACCUUGUAAAAUUAAAUCACAGUAUUUUAUCAAUAAUUAUUCACUUUCACCUCACACUAACGUGCAAAAGUGCUAGAUGUAAACUGAUUUAUUUAUUCAUGUUGUGUCCUCCCACUCACUUCACUACUGAAUGUUAUCCUGCGUACCAAAUCAUGAAGACAUGUAAGAUGUUCUCAUGUAAUGCAUCGGAAGAUGCGUAUCAUUGUGUAAAUGCAAAUGCUGUAGAGCUGUGUGAAAAUUGUGUAAUAGUACAGUGUCUCAUUUGUUUAAACAUUGAAAACACAAUCUUAUUGUAUGUAAAUGAGACUAUGAAUGCUGCAUAUUAUCAUAUUAGUCAACAUUAAAGCUUUAAAAGGGUUGUGUUGAAGUAUAUCAGUCUGAUUGCAUUUUACUUUAAAACAUUUGACAUUAGUUUGUACCUUUAUGCUUUACUGUAUCUUCAUACUCAUACUCAACUGUCUUUAUCUUUUAGGUGCCUUUAGACUCAACUUGAUGACCCUUUAGUUUCUGAAAUGUUUCAUGAUUUCAGAGUAAGCCAAAUAAAAGCACAAGGCAGCAGACAAUGAAUCAUAUGUAUUAUUAUUAUUAUUAUUAUUGCUAUUAUUUGGGAAUAUAUGUGUAUAUGUGUGUUGUCUGUAAGAUGGAGAGAUAUAUUUCUGUAUGUUCUUGCUGUUUAAUGUAAGGUACAAGCACAAAGAUGGAAUUAAACAUUUUCAUCAUAA